AUGAGCGGUUCACGAAGUGAUUCGGGAUUGGCAAGAGGUGACUUACCAACGCACUUAACUGAUGACAGCGAUAGUGAUAACCCGAUUGAAUAUAGAGAUGAUGACAACCAUUACCGGAGCGCUCCCAGUACGUCACGGUUUGAUGAAGACGAGGAGGAGGAUGUUCCCAUAGAUCGAGAUCGGUUUGAUAAGUAUGACAAAAUUGCAAACGUCGCGACUUUUACACAAAAACCGCGUAUUACGACCGCGUCGGCCGCUGCCGUUCCGUUCGACCAAAUUUUGGCUCCGUCUGAUCCGGCCAUGGAAAUGGCGGCAUAUGAGACGAAAAGUGCAGAGAUCUUCCCGCAGCUGAACGAGCUGACUGCCAUACCGCCAACGAGCGUCCCUCAAUCGACCGGCGAAUUUGCAGCCCGACCUGAGAAGCCACGUGCUGAGGAAGCUUGUUUCCACCCUCCACGGCUUCAGCUCAUCAAAAGCUAUAGCCGUUACGGAAUUGAUUCGGAUUGGCAAGGAGGCCUGGCCGCAAAGGUCUUUCGCAAAGACACUCUGGCGUUACGGCUCGAUGCGCCGCCGUGUAAGGACGACAUUAGCGGCCAAACUGCAGAUGAUCGACGAACUCUGAUGCAUAACGCCUCGAUCAAACUUGCACGAAAGUUGAGUGAGCGCCCCAGUGUUGAAGAACUCGAAGAUCGAAAUAUAUUGAAGACAGCUGCUGUGAGAUCGAUGGAAGAAAAAAGGAAGCUUCUGUUGAGAAAGUUGAGUUUUCGGCCAACGAUUGCGCAGUUGAAGGAGCAGCAGAUUAUUCAGUUCAAUGACUAUGUUGAAGUUACACAGGCACAAGCUUACGAUAGGAAAGCGGACAAGCCUUGGACGAGAUUAACAUCUACGGAUAAGGCACUUAUUCGCAAAGAGCUGAAUGAUUUCAAGGCUACUGAAAUGGAUGUGCAUGAAGAGAGCCGAAUAUUUACUAGGUUUCAUCGGCCGUGA